AUGUCCGCAUCACACCCCAGCCCCGUCAAAGACGGUAGGCGAGUCCUCGGCGAGAAGCACGCCAACGCGUGCCUGUCACCCGCCCACCAUCGGCACGUUUCUGUCUCGCCCCUCAAACAACGCCCUCUCCUUGAGACCUCCUCCUCUCCUAAGAAGCUCCUUCCUUCGCCUCUCUUUGCUGGCCAGAAACGCUCUAUCGAUCAGGUGGAUAGCACCAGCGAACCCCAGAUCAGCCAUGCCAGCGCGCAGCCCCAGUCGCGGCCAGAAGCAUCUCCGAACGUGCAGCAUGACGUUCAGCAGGACCCUCAGCCACACGCGACGCCUGAGACACCCACACAGCUUCUAGAAUCACAACAACACCAACCACAAGAAGAUACCCACCCCGACCAAACAUCAACAACGACGUCAACGCCCCUCAUCCCCGAAGAUCCAGCAACCCGCAAGCGCUUCAUUCAAGAAAAAGCAACCCUCCUCCGCACGCGCCUUCAAACAGCUAUGCGUCACAUCCACGACCCCCAACUCGAUCGCCGUCUCUCCGCCCUAGAAGCCCACAGUCGCAAAUACCCUCGUCUAUCUCUCCCCCAAGAACAGCGAAUCAUGACUACGCCGAAUUCCUCUUCUACAUCAUCAUCUUCCUCCCAAAACCAGAACCAGACCACCCCGCGCCCUUACCAACCCACUACACACCUCCCGCUGCAUGAAACCGAGACCCAGAACGCGUCCGGCCUCUCUUCCCCACCCCUAUCAACGGGAACGAUCGCAACACAGAAGGAACCGGAACAAGAAUCACAGACACCCGCACAAAGAGAAGAACGCGAUGAUGACGAUGACCCCAUGAAAACACCCACCCAGAAAUCAACAACACUUCACACCCACACCCACCGCAGAACAAAUACCCUCGGCUCCCCAAUGCAAUUGAGUAGUCCUCCGGCGACGGUAUCGAGGCGUAGAAAUACAGAGACUAGCAGUGGAGAAGAAGAAGAAGGGCCACAAGAGAGACAACGCCGGUUAUCGCAAAAGGGGGAUGCAGUGGAUGGAUUGUUGAAGUUAAUGGGAACGGGAGAGGGUGUUGUUAGUGGAACUGCUGGGGUCGCGUGA